GAAGCCGCGCCCCCGCGCCCGCCGCGGCCGCCGCCGCGCGCGGCGCCCGCGCCGCGCGCCGCGCGCCCGCCGUCGAUGUAGCGGAGGGCCCCCGGCAGCCGCGGGCGGCCGCCGCGGGUGCCCGUCCCACCAUGCGCGCGCCGCUGCCGCCGCUGCUGCUGCUGCUGGCCGCGGGGCCGCCCAGCGCGGCGGGGCGCCUGGCGCAGGUCCGCCGACGCGAUGCGGAAGCUGCGCACGCUGGCGCUCUCCGCGGUGCUCCCGACGCGGCUGGCGUGGAGGAGACGACGCGGGCGGCGGAGCCGCCCCGCCCUCCGACGGCAUCGCGGCGUACCUGGCGCACCUGCGGGCGAGCGGCGUGGCGCUGCCCUCCGCGGAGGCCCUGGCCGCGGCCGCGCUCGGCGCGCCCGCCCCGAACGCCACGGCGGAGGCGCUGCUGCCGCGGCGCACCGUGGUGGUGGCCAGGUUCGACGAGGACGUGGGCUGGCUGAACAACCUUCCGAAGAACGUGGAGGACGAGGGGGGCGAGCGGUUCGUGGAGAACGUGGGCAACGAGGCCGCCAAGUACCUCGCGUACAUCACGGAGAGCACUACCACGAGCUCCCGGAGACCGUCGCCUUCGUGCAGGCGGGGCGGCAGGACUGGCACGACCCGUUCCCGAAGGACGGACGCCACGCUGCGCGCGUGGCGCUGGGGCGCGGCCGCGGAGCUGGGCGGGAUCCGGUUCCUUCCGACCAGCGCGCCCUGCCUCGUGGAGGAUCCAGACUCCGAGCAGCUGGCGCCACACGCCCGGGCGGCCGCACCGCCAGGCGAGGCGUGCGGGGACGUGGUGGAGCACAGCCCGAAGCAGAUGAGGAAGACCAUCCGCGAAGUCUGGCCGAGCGUGUUCCAGCAGGAGUUGGGGCCACUGCCUCAGCGCUGGAUGACGCACUGCUGCGCGCAGUUCGAGGCGACGCGCGACGCGAUCCAGCAGCACCCGCUCGAGUUCUACCAGAGCCUCCUGCAGUGGGUCAAACAGCACGACAAGGAACUGCUCGAGUCGGACUACGCCGGCUCCAUGACGCGGAACCUGGCGGCGAACCACGACCCGGAGCGCCGGGACGCGGGCCACGUGCUGGAGCCUCUCUGGGCGCUCCUCUCCGGCCUGGCUGGCGCCGCGCUCCGCGCCCCCCCUCCCCCGGCUGGCCUCGAGACCACAUUUCCCAGCGAUGACCAGCGGAUGCUGCAGCAGCGGCUGGCGGGGCUGGAAUUCGGCCUGCCUCGGAGAGGUCCAAGGUAG